GCAUGGUGUAAGCCCAUGGUUGCAUGACACACUUUACCGAGAGACGCACUUCAGUAUGUCGGUGGCUCUGCGCGCACAGCUGUUCCUCUUUCUGAUCUCCCUCUCAUCAAGGAUGGGGCUCAGUCGCUACAUUGAGGAAAACGAAGCUGCAGAUGGAUUAUAUUCUCUGCUCAAUUUGGACCAGAAAAGAGAAUCAGAGGAUUUUAUUUUCCGCCGACCUCUGAGAUGUCUGGACAUGCUGGCCAUUGAUGGCUCCUACACCUUCGUGGUGUCUCGGCCACAGCUGGCCUGUGCUGCUUUCAUCAUUGCUGAGCCCAGUGAGGUCAUCAGCCUGGAGCUGUCUGACGUUAAUAUUGACUGCAGUGCCGGAGACUUCAUCAAGAUGUUUGACGGCUGGGUUCUGAAGGGAGAGAAGUUCCCCAGCAAGCAGGACCACGAGCUGCCUCUACACCAGCGCUACACGGACUACUGCUCCUCGCCAGCACCAGGAGCCAGCAGCCGCUCCUCUCAGAACGUCGCCAUGAUCUUCUUCCGCAUUCACAGCCCUGACAGUGGCUUCACCCUCGCUGUCAAAAAGCUACACAACCCCUUCCCCUGUAACAUCAUGUCUCAGAGUCCAGAGGGCAGCUUCACCAUGGUGAUGCCACACCAGCGCAGGAACUGCAGCUUCUCCAUCAUCUACCCUGUGGAGAUUCAACUGACAGAUCUCAGUCUGGGGCAGGCCAAAAGCAAUGAGCUCAGCCCAAUGAGGAAGGUGUGGGCGGGCUGUUCGGGCUCAGGUGACUAUGUGGAGCUGCUAGGGGGGAAUGGGGUGGACACCUCUAUGAUGUUCCCCAUAGCUGACCUCUGUUUCUCCCUCAGUGGGCUUGCUCAGAUGAAGAUUGGUUGUGAUAACUCGGUGGUGAGGCUGGUGUCCAGUGGGAACUAUAUCAACCGUGUUUCCUUCCAGUACAGACUACUGGAACAACGCAAACUCCCCAGGACCCAAGAGAACGCUCUGGAUAACUUCUGCUCUGUGGAAUGAGAUCACACACACACACACACACACACACUCACACACACACACACACACACACACACACACACACACACACACACACACACACACACACACAUAAACACAUGCACACACACAAUCCCACAGCCAUCCAUCUCGCUGUAAAUAAACCAGUUUGUCUAAUGCUGCCGUCAACACAUAUUUUGUUUUUGCCAAAUAUUUUAUUUAGUUUCCUAAAAUAUGUUGCUUUGAUCUUAGAAUAUUUAUUCAAUGAAUGAUUUUUACUCAUCUGUGAUACAUUAUAUUUCUUGGCAAGAGAAUUAUUUGAAACCUUCCCUCUGUUGUUCUCAGUUUAUAUCAGUUUCAGUAUUCUUUUGGAGGUUUUACAUAUCUGCUGUCUCUUCUGUUUAUAAUACCUCAACAAUUUAAAAAUAAAUAUGACUUGCAUGAUGAAUCACA